GUGCCAUCCUGUACCUGGGCAGAGCGACGCAGACUCUCGGAGACGCAGCAGAGAGACCUAAGGGAUGUGGACAGCUGUGCAGCUGAGAGCAUGACCUCGUUCCCCAAGGAAGCCUCUGCAGGUGCGGAGACCAACCAGGAGGACGCUGCGGGUGAGACCUGGGGCACUCCAGAGCAUCCGGAGGUGGCGCCUCAGAGCCCGGAGGACGGACGGGCAAGGACACGGGCUCCCGCAGAGCCCGGGGCCUGUCCUGCCCAGGAUGAACACUUGGACAUGGUCCCGGUAUCCAGUGAGCUGGGUGGCCGCGUGGAGAUGGAAUUUAGACCAGAACUCACUUCUUUGAUUUGGGGAACGGAACGUGCAGAAGAGAAGGGGGAGACUUUUCCAGACACCUCUGCUCGGCCCAGAUUUGGACCUGCCUGGGAAGAGCAUCUGUCAGAAACCAACCAGCCACGGGGCUCCGUCAGGCAGGGGGAAGAGCUGCGGUCUCUGGGGGCACGAGAAGGUCAAGGGAGAGGGGCACUCGAGGGGCUGGAGGAGCAGGGGCUAGCGGAAGUGGGGUUCCAGGACGGAGGAACUGUCAGGGAGGGUGGGCAUGUAGGGGAGCAGGAGCAACUGGCAGAGCCGGAGAAGGGGACGGAGGGAGAACACGGGCAAAGCCAGGAACAGACACCAGGUGAUGUGAUGCUCACAAAACAGAGAGAAACAACGAGGCUUUGUGGGGAAUUGGAAGGUCUGCGCUAUGGUGAGGAGGAGAGGAAGCCUCGGGGCCAGCGAGGUCUACAGCAGGGAGAGGAGGGGAGGAGGGCGUUAGGGGGGACAGAAGAGGGGAGCGUGGACGCCCCGUAUGAGGAGAAUCAAAGCCUGGUGGGGAAAUCAGGGAGAGUAACUGGAAGGCAAGAAGGUCAAGGUCUGCAGGGGCAAGUGAUGCCGGGGGAGGGGCAGGUAGAGGAGGCGGGGUCAAGUGAGGAGGAACCAGGGAGUUGGGUUGGGGACCCGCUGUGGGGAGAGGGCAGACAAGAGAGUACCAGAGAAGGGGAGGCCCAUGAUGGUGUUUCCACACUGGCUCUGGUAGCCCCUGAGGUCUCUUCUCCCUGUGACUUAUUUCUAGACGCCUGUUACCCCAUGACCAGUACUCCUGGGACUCAGAAGGAGCCUCGGGCUGAGGAACUAUCCCCUACAGCUCUGGGUCCUACACUGGAGCCAGGAGGAUGGUCCUGCCAACCCGUUUCUUUACCUGGCUCUUUUCCUGCUGGGGAGUCACCUGACCAAGAAGCAGCUCAGGAUAGCCAGCAGGAGGGAUCUGAGCCUGGGAAGGGGACGGUGUCCGUCAUGGGGACUGAGAUGGCCUCUGCCAGUACAUCCGGGACUCCUCCAAGGACACCAGCCUCCGCUCCUUCCAGUCCUGCUGAAGUUUCCCCCAGCACAACUACAUCAUCAUCUGCCAGCUCCCCACUUGCCUCUCCCAGGAGGGAGCCGUCUCUUGCUGCAGGUUCUCUAGAAACCUCCAGAGCAUCUGUUUGGACCAACAGGGCAUCUCACUGUGGGGCUUUGGAGACUCCUGCUGCUGCCCUCCAUGGCUUCCCCUCUGCAGAGGCCGCCGUGGAAAUCUCCACCAGCUCCAGUUGGACCAGCCCUCAGAGCCCCCCCAGCCACCCUACAGGGGCUGUCCAGCACCUGAGGAGCAACUCCUUCCCGGGCUCUCAUAGGACAGAGCCGACUCCGGACCUGCUGGGAAUAUCACUUUCCUUCUCCCAUUCAGAGUUGCCCCAGAGGCCCCCCAAACCUGCCGUCUCUGGCUCUGUGAUUCCAAGAAGGGACAGGAAAGGUGGUAGGGACCACAGGAUCAUUCCAGAAUCCCCUAGUUCAUUAUCCACCCUGGGGCAAGACUCUCAAGAAUUCACUUCAAAUCCAGAAAUGUCCAGCAGUCUCCACAGCAGCCAGCCGUGGGGCUCCCCACACACUUCAGCCUUUUCCCCAGGGUCUCCUGCCUAUGGCUCUUCCCCACCCCUUGUCUCUGUAGAUACGAGGAUCCAUGAACCUCUGCCCCCUCCUACCCCAGAGAAGAGGCAUGUCCAACCCUCCAUGGUGGAAAGAGACAGCCAUCUCCAUGCAGGGGUUUCCACACUGAAGCGGUGUGCCCAUCCUCUUCCAUUGGCCCCAGGUUUGGGGCUACAUGGCCCCCCCAAAGGCCCACUUCCCCCAGUUCCUGACCCCCUUGUGGCAAGGCAGCACCGACCUCUGCCCUCUAUCCCAGACACGCCCCACCCUCCUCAGACCUCGUUCUCUCGCAAACUGAGAUACAACAAGCCAUUACCCCCAACCCCUGAUUUGUCCCAGUCCCACCAUCCUGUUUCUUUUAGUAGUGCAAGGAUCUACAGGCCUCUACCCCCUGUCCCUAUUAUGGAUCCCCCCACUGAACCACCCCCAUUACCCCCAAAGUCCAGGGGGAGGAGCAGGAGCACUCAGGGAGGACUCAUGAAUUCAGGGGGUCAGGGCAAGCCAAGACCUGUUUUUCAAGAGUGGACAGUCUCCACUCCCCAUUCUGUUGGACGUACCUCCUGGCCCCCAGCUAUGGGUCGGUCGACAGACUCUUUGGCUUCUACCAGCAGGAAUAAGAGUGAAGUGUCCCCUGGCAUGGCUUUCAGCAACAUGGCAACCCUUCUGAGUCCCUCUUCCCCAACCACGCCCUGGAAUCUGGAGCUCCAGGGACCUGCCUCUGAACCAGGACCCUCAGAAGAGUCUGAGGCCCCUGCUAGAGGAUCUUCGAGAAGAACAGCCCCUCAGGAAGGAGCCAAUGGCCUGAGGAGGUUGGAUCGAGGCCAAGCAAGGCAGUCAGACAAACUCAGCCAUCCCCACCUGGAGAAGGCAUCCAGCUGGCCCCACAGGCGAGACCCAGGGAGACCCCCGGAGGGCGGCAGCGGGCAGGUUGCAGACCCUGGCGAGGGGUCCAGUAAGCACAAGGGCUGGAAUCGGCAAGGCCUGCGCAGGCCUUCUAUCUUGCCUGAGGGCUCUUCAGAGAUGAAAGGUCCAGCCGUAGAAAAAUCCCCUGGCUCUUCAGACACCAUCGUUUUUCGGGAGAAGAAACCAAAGGAGGUGUUGGCAGGCUUUUCAAGACGCUGCUCGAAGCUCGUCAACUCCUCCCAUCUGCUUUACCAGGAGUACAGCGAUGUGGUUCUGAACAAGGAGAUUCAGAGCCAGCAGCGGCUGGACAGCCUGGGAGAGGCGCCCGGGCCCGCCUCCCCCCGGCAGCCCCGGAGGGCCCUGGUCUCCUCGGAGUCUUACCUGCAGCGCCUGUCCGUGGCCUCCAGCGGCUCCCUCUGGCAGGAGAUCCCGGUGGUGCGCAAUAGCACCGUGCUGCUCUCCAUGACCCACGAAGACCAAAAACUGCAGGAGGCCAAAUUCGAGCUGAUCGUGUCAGAGGCCUCAUACCUGCGCAGUCUGCAUGUGGCAGUGGACCAUUUCCAGCUUUCCGCCCCACUGCGGGCCACCCUUACCAACCAAGAAUACCAGUGGCUCUUCUCUCGUUUACAGGACGUGCGUGAAGUCAGCACCACGUUCCUUUCAGACUUGGAGGAGAACUUCGAGAACAACAUCUUCACCUUCCAAGUGUGCGAUGUGGUCCUGAACCAUGCCCCCAACUUCCGCCGGGUCUACCUGCCUUAUGUCACCAACCAGACCUACCAGGAACGCACCUUCCAAGUCCUGCUGAACAGCAACAGCAGCUUCCGGGAGGUUCUGGAGAAGCUGGAGAGCGAUCCUGUCUGCCAGCGCCUUUCCCUCAAGUCCUUCCUGAUCCUGCCUUUCCAGCGCAUCACCCGUCUCAAACUGCUGCUUCAGAACAUUCUGAAGAGAACACAGCCUGGCUCUUCAGAGGAAGCAGAAGCCACCAAGGCACAUCAUGCCUUGGAGGAGCUGAUCCGAGACUGCAACAACAAUGUCCAGAGGAUGCGCCGGACAGAGGAGCUCAUCUACCUGAGCCAGAAGAUUGAGUUUGAGUGCAAAAUAUUCCCGCUCAUAUCGCAGUCACGCUGGCUGGUGAAGAGUGGAGAGCUGACGGCCCUCGAGUUCAGUCUCUCCCCAGGGCCGCGAAGGAAACUGAACACGCGUCCAGUUCACUUGCAUCUCUUCAACGACUGUCUGUUGCUGUCUCGGCCCCGAGAGGGUAGCCGGUUCCUGGUAUUCGACCAUGCUCCCUUCUCCUCCAUCCGAGGGGAAAAGUGUGAAAUGAAGCUACACGGACCUCACAAAAACCUCUUCCGGCUCUUCCUGCUGCACAACGCACAGGGCACCCAGACUGAGUUCCUCUUCAGCACAGAGACCCAAAGUGAAAAGCUUCGAUGGAUCUCAGCCUUGGCCAUGCCCAGAGAGGAGUUGGACCUUCUAGAGUGUUAUGACUCCCCGCAAGUACAGUGCCUUCGAGCCUACAAACCCCGAGAGAAUGACGAGUUGGCGCUAGAGAAGGCAGACGUGGUAAUGGUGACUCAGCAGAGCAGCGAUGGCUGGCUGGAGGGCAUGAGACUCUCAGAUGGGGAGCGAGGCUGGUUCCCUGUGCAACAAGUGGAGUUCAUUUCCAACCCAGAAGUCCGAGCCCGGAACCUGAAGGAAGCUCAUCGAGUCAAGACUGCCAAACUACAGCUGGUGGAACAGCAGACCUAGCUUUCUCUGGGAGGAAUCCCCUGAGCGUAAGGACAAGAUGUUCCUGGAAAGGGCUGGCCCCAGAACCCUUCAACAGAGGCUUUCUGUGUACCAAAAACUAGACCUUUGGAAAACUCAAGAACAAAAACCCAGCUACCAGUUGCUAGUCCCAAACCUCCUGUUUUUGUGCUUUGUGCUUGGUGGAGGGAUUUUGAAGGACUGCACUGGACUCUGAGAAGCUUUUCUCAUAAGAAAAGGGAGAAAUGGGGCCUAAGCCAAGGAACUUUACCUCUACUACCAUAUAGUACUUAAACAUUCUCUGUUUCCAGAGUACAGAUUCAGGGCUGACCAAAGUUUCCAUCGUGGCUACAAGUUAAACAGAAUCUGAUCUCAGUUCACUGGAGGGAGAUGUUUAAGGGGGAUUAACACAUCAGAUGAGAGGAUCAAGCUAGUGACCUCUAAGGUGCCUUCCAACUCAAGAGAUUUUCCCUAAUUAUUGGUGUGAGGUCAGGGCAUGCAUCUCUGGGAUCUAUGUCUGUUGGUGGCAAUGUGAGGGUUGUACUCUCUCACGCUAAUAAACUUGGCACUUCUCUGAG